GACAAAUUGCCCCAAUAGUUCACCCUGGUCAAAGUUCACUCUGUAUUGUCAGCCAUGGGUGACAACGUGGAUCUACAAGGGGCAGAAAAUAAAAGUCCUACCGAUGACCAGGCCGACGAGACCAAGGAGAUCUUUGCUAAGAAGAUCUCGGACACGAUCACGUCAGGUUUCGUGACCCUGUCUCUGGCCAUCGGCAGGAGGACGGGCCUUUUCGACGAGCUGGCCAGGCAACAGGAGCCAAGAACCGCGCACGAGAUAGCGGCGGCGGCGGGGCUGAAAGAAAGGUAUGUCCGGGAGUGGCUGGGAUCUAUGGUGACCUCCCGUAUCGUAGAGGUGGACACAACAUUGGACAUUCCUCGGUACUUCGUCCCACCUCACCGGGCAGCCGUCCUGUCGCCCAGCGGUGCUGAGAUCCUCAGGAUGGCGUUCUCCGAGCGGGUUGUGCAUCUGGCUAAAGUCAUGGACGACAUGGUGGAGUGCUUCAAGGACGAUGGUCCACCAGGGUUACCAAGCUCUGCUUACCCGGACUUCCAGGGAUGGCUACAGAAGGUGAAAGGACCGAUGCUCGAUUCUACCUUCAUCGACAACUUUCUUCCUACCAUUCCUGGGCUAAUCGAGAAGCUCGAAUCUGGAAUCACAGUGUGCGACCUCGGCUGUGCCAGCGGCUACCUCCUCUUCCUCAUGGCCCGAAGUUUCCCCAACAGCACGUACUACGGGAUAGACCUAUCAGCAGAGGCCGUCAGUAUGGCCAAGAAGGAAGCUGCCGCCAGGGGGAUCACCAACGUCAUCUGCGAUGUUGGGGACGCCACCAAACUACCCGACGACUGGUCCGAGAAAUUCGAUUACGUCAUUACCCUGUCCACCAUACACGACGUCAACGCGCCGGAGCGGUGUCUGAGGGAGAUCCGGCGGGUGCUGAAGCCAGGGGGACAGUUCUCCAUGUGGGAGCGAGACGCACACACUCAGCACCACGACAACAUCGGCAACCCUACUGCCAGUAUGAUCUACGUCAUCAGCAUGAUGUCGUGUGUGCCGAUGUCGCUCCAUGACAACGGCGCGGGUCUAGGGGCGAUGUGGGGACACGAACAGGCCCUGCCCAUGCUGGAGAGGGCCGGCUUCUCUGACGUGAAGAAGUUGGGUAUCCCCGGAAACCAGGGUGUAGCGCAUUACCUUUGUUCUAAGUCAGGAGAGUAACAUGGAGUAUGUACCAGUAUUUACCCAAAGGGGAUAUAGGCAUGUAUAUUACACGUUUUAGAUUAGGUUGGAUGAUCAAUUAAAAGAAAAUAAAAUAUUUGUCACUUGUAUGACCACUAUCAGCAGAUGCUGCUUAUUUGUUUGAAAUGGAAUCAUUCUUCAAAUCUACCUCAAUUAACGUAGGCACUGGGACCAAGGACGACAUUAUAUCACAUAUAUACAUGUAUACAUUCCAAAUCGUCUUAACUCGACUCUCGACUUCAAGCACCUAGCUUCAAAGGUCUUUGAAAAAGGGAAGCGCAUACAUAUUGUUUGUGCUAAGGUUUAAAGAUAACAUGAUGAUAUCCAUAAUGUUAUAGAUAGUCUAUCAUCUACUAAGUUCCUGCAUCCAUUUUCUUUCAGUUCUGCAGUACAUAUGAAAUAAAGUGUGAAGUCAUUCCCUAACAUC